AUGGGCAAAGACAAGCGUGUUGUAUAUUUUUACGAUCCAGAUUGUGGAAAUUUUCAUUAUGGACCGAAUCAUCCUAUGAAACCACAUAGACUUACACUGACUCAUACUCUUGUGGUAAACUAUAAUCUGACAGAUCGCAUGAAGGUCUACAAACCGUAUCAUGCCAGUAUGAAGGAUAUGAUAUCAUUUCAUUCACAAGAAUAUAUCGAAUUCCUGCGUGAUGUCACACCAUCUAAUGUGCAUACAUUUCCUAAAGAAAAAUUAUUAACCUAUAAUAUUGGUGAGGAUUGCCCAAUUUUCGACGGUAUAUAUCGCUUUUCCUCUAUUCACACUGGUGCAUCACUUCAAGCUGCUAAAUACUUAAAUAAUGGAGUAACAGAUAUUGCAAUCAAUUGGUCUGGGGGACUUCAUCAUGCUAAGAAAUUUGAAGCGUCUGGAUUUUGUUAUGUAAAUGAUAUUGUUAUAGCCAUAUUAGAAUUAUUGAAAUACAAUCCACGUGUACUUUAUAUCGAUAUUGAUGUUCAUCAUGGUGAUGGCGUACAAGAAGCAUUUUAUCUCACGGAUCGUGUAAUGACAGUAUCGUUUCAUCGUUAUGGAAACAUGUUUUUCCCUGGAACAGGUGAUAUGUACGAAAUUGGAGCCAAAGCUGGGAAAUACUACGCAGUGAAUGUUCCUUUAAAAGAAGGCAUUGAUGAUGACAUGUAUUUCAGUGUUUUCCGAGCUGUUAUAAAUGACGUAGUUGCAUUUUAUCGACCAACAACUAUUGUACUUCAAUGUGGCGCUGAUUCGUUAGGCUGUGAUCGGUUAGGUGUAUUCAAUCUGUCUAUUAGAGGUCACGGGAGAUGUGUUCGAAUGGUUAAAGAACUUGGUCUGCCAUUAUUGGUUGUUGGCGGUGGUGGUUAUACUGUACGGAAUGUAGCACGCUGUUGGGCAUAUGAAACAGCCGUCCUACUCGAUCAAGAGAAAGAAAUUUCCAAUGAAUUACCUUAUUCCCCGUACAUUGAAUUCUUUUAUCCUGAUUAUACAUUACAUCCAGACUUGACAACUAAGUUGGAUAAUGCGAACACACGGCAAUAUAUUGAAGCGCUACGAAUGACAGUUCAUGAUAAUUUAAAACAACUUGUACAUGCUCCAAGUGUUCAAUUUACUGAUGUACCGAAUGAUUAUCUAGCGAACUUUUGUAAUGAUUCGAAUGAUGAACGGGAAAAACCAAACGAACUGUUUGUUGAAGAGGAGCAAGACUCAACAGCUGCUUGA